GGGGAGGCUGUUUCUUCUCCUUCUCCUCCUCCGCCUCGAACCCCUGUCCGACCCAAGCAUCGCCUCCCUCCGCCUUCCCUCUUCCCCACCCGUGCGCAAAGAUGCACCGCCGCGGGGUGGGGGCUGGUGCCAUCGCCAAAAAGAAGUUGGCCGAGGCCAAAUAUAAGGAACGUGGGACAGUUUUGGCUGAAGAUCAAUUAGCCCAGAUGUCUAAGCAGCUGGACACAUUUAAAACUAACCUGGAAGAGUUUGCCAGUAAACACAAACAAGAGAUCCGCAAAAAUCCCCAGUUCAGAGUCCAGUUCCAGGAUAUGUGUGCAACCAUUGGUGUAGAUCCGCUAGCCUCUGGCAAAGGAUUCUGGUCUGAAAUGCUGGGUGUUGGAGAUUUUUACUAUGAGCUUGGUGUCCAGAUUAUUGAAGUCUGCCUGGCUUUGAAGCACAGAAAUGGAGGGUUAAUAACCUUAGAGGAACUCCACCAGCAAGUGCUGAAAGGAAGAGGAAAAUUUGCCCAAGACGUCAGCCACGAUGACCUCAUCCGAGCGAUUAAGAAGCUGAAAGUUCUAGGAAACGGCUUUGGAAUCCUUCCUGUUGGUGGGACUUACCUGAUCCAGUCUGUCCCAGCUGAAUUGAACAUGGACCACACAGUUGUGAUACAGCUUGCUGAGAAAAAGGGCUACGUGACCAUCAGCGAAAUCAAGUCCAGUUUAAAGUGGGAGACGGAACGAGCCAAGCAGGUGCUGGAUCACUUGCUGAAAGAGGGGAUGGCCUGGCUCGAUACCCAAGCCCAGACGGAGCCACAAUACUGGCUACCUGCCCUUUUCACAGAGCUUUACUCUCAGGAAAUCACACCAGAAGAAGCAAAGGAAGCUUUACCUUGAGGACCAAGAAGGGGACUUGAAUAAUCUGAACAUCUUCAUUAAAUGGAGUGGCACAUGAUAAAGUUGAAUGGUCUCUGCU